GCUGCGCUGCGCUCCUCAGGAGCCUGCCGCCCGCUGCCCGGCGUCUCCGGGGCCCGGCCGUAACGGGACCGCGGAGGGAACGAGGUCACCGCGGGGUUGUCUGGUGACUUCCACCGACCCGACUAUCCGGAGAGCGGCCCCUGGCGACAAGGCCGCCCGGGCCUGGUCUUCGCCAAGCUCUCCGUUCCUCCCUUCCCCGCUUCACCCCCAGAACAAAAGGCUGGGGUCUCGCUGGGGAGGGGGCUGUCGCGGGAUGAGCGGGAGCGAAGUAAAGAGCAGCUAGGAAAUUGCAGAACUGAAGGUGGCUUGGGGGAUACAGAAGCACUCGAUGAGGAAGCCAAUCUCGGAGAUGUAAAGUGACUUACACAAGGUCACACAGCUCGUGGUGACUGAACUGGGGCCAGAGCGCAGGUCUCGGGACUCCCUUCCCAGUGCUCAUCUCCAGGCCCCAGAGGUCAGUAGUCUGUGCUCCAGCGAUUUAAGUCUGGCCAUGCAUGGGUUUUAAAGUCUCCUUUGGAGGAAUAAGGGAGAAAGUGGCAGAGCCUAUUCCCCGCCUUCCUCAGUACGCACCGGAGGCGGAGGUGGAGCGGGGAUGCGGGAGCAGGGCUGGGGAAGAGGGCGCUCCGAAUCUCCGGGUGGGGCUUGGAGGACAGGGAGCCUAGCCCUGUCCCCGUGGGCAGGCGGGCACUGGCUCGCAGGAACAGCGCCUUCUGAGCGUGGCUUGCUAGCCGCGUGGGUGUGCCUGCGACGGGAGCGGGGGCGGCGUGGGGACCCAGUGCGCGCUGCUCCCUAGAAAGAAGUUCUCUCCCGGGAGAGGCCGGGAGAGCUGUUCUGGCGCGCUGGGACGAGCCGACAACAUCCCUGACGCUCGCGCUGUUUUGUGACGGGCUCUGUUUGGAAGGAAAGUUACUCUGCAGCAGAAAGAGCAGAGACCAUUCUCCUGGGACCAUUCCUAAGAAAGAAACACCCACGCUGUGACAUAUGCCACUGCCACCGCCACUGCCACCUCUGCCUCCGCCUCCCCCCCCAUCAGCGCCCCCGGUAAGUACAGAUGCUUCCAGCUUGAGAAAGACAGAUCCCAAAGGUCGGAGUGCACUGUUGGCUGAUAUCCAGCAAGGAACUCGCCUACGAAAAGUCACGCAGAUCAAUGACCGCAGUGCCCCGCAAAUCGAGAGUUCUAAAGGAACCAACAAAGAAGGAGGAGGUCCUGCAAACUCUCGAGGCGGGAGCACGCCCCCAGCCCUGGGAGAUCUGUUUGCUGGUGGCUUUCCAGUGUUACGACCAGCAGGCCAGAGGGAUGCAGCAGGCGGCAAGACAGGGCAGGGCCCUGGCUCCCGAGCGCCUUCUCCGCGGCUUCCCACCAAAACUAUCAGCGGCCCGUUCAACCCCCCUGCAUCUCCCAGGCUAGGCGACGCCUCCGAGGCGCAUGGCGUGGCCGGGACGGUCCUUCCUCGCCCCAGCAUGCCCGCCCCACCUCCCCCGCCCUUACCCCCGGCCCUGCCCCCGCCCUUACCCCCGGCCCUGCCCCCGUCCUCCCCCGCCAAAGCCCCGCUGGUGUCCCCACCUGGCCCACCGACCAAGGGGAGCGCUCCGGUGCUCGCACCCCCUCCGCCCUGUGCACCGCCGCCUCCACCCCCGCCGCCCCCGCCCUUGGCUCCCAGUGACAAGGCGGUGAGGCCUCAGCUAGCCCGCUUGCACCUACCGCCCGUCCCGCCCCCGCUGCCUCUACUCCCACCUUGCGGGUACCCUGGGCUCAGUGCGGACGCUGCCAGCCCUGCCCAAGAUGUGCCGGAGCCUCCAGCCCCUCCGCUCCCGCCGCCCCCACCGCCCCCGCUCCCCACUUACGCCCCACGCACCCCCAGAGCCUCUCUGCCUGCGCCCCCUUUGCCAGGCGCUAACGACAGCGGUGAAGUCCCACCCCCACGGCCCCCCAAGUCCCCAUGCUUCCAGGCUCAGCCCCCCGAGCCCAGCGCGCAGGCCUUGCCGGCGCCACCUGCCCUUCCGGGGUCUCAGACGUUCCCGCAGAAGAAGAGGCCCGGCCGAAGCCCCGCGACCAGUGGGGGAAAGCUGAACCCGCCCCCAGCACCCCCCGCGAGGUCACCCACCACGGAGCUUUCAAGCAGGAGCCAGCAGGCCCCAGCCUGGACCCUGACCCAGCAGCCUGGAGGUCAGCUGCGGAACGGAAGCCUGCACAUCAUUGAUGACUUUGAGUCUAAAUUCACGUUCCAUUCUAUGGAAGAUUUUCCUCCUCCGGAUGAGUAUAAACCAUGCCAGAAGAUUUACCCCAGCAAGAUCCCCAGAAGCCGCACACCUGGUCCCUGGCUCCACACUGAGGCGGCCGGCCAGAGCUCCGAUGACAUCAAAGGCAGAAAUGCUCAGUUACCGCUGAAGACACUCCGGUGAGAAGACAGAUGAAGCCAACGUCCUGUGAGCCACCUGGGGGUCCAUAUGGCGGGGUGGACAUCCCCAGGAGAACGUCAGACCUCACCCUUCUCAAGUUGUAAUUCAGUUGACAUACAGGCUCUGCACGGAGCAUUUAUUUAUUGUAAAUACGUGAUUUGCACAGGCUUUAAAUCAGUAUUAUAGUCGAUUUUUAUUUGAGUAAUUUACAAAACACACACAUCAUUUCUCCAUUGUUUAAAAUGCAUCUUGGCAUUCAUCUGUCAGCACAGAUGACAGCCCUGUCCCCACCACAGAGUGUCCAUUCCAUGACUGUAAAUACGCGUGCAGGCUGGCCCUCCCUAGAUUCGGAACCAUUUUUAGAAGAUUCCUUAGUUUCCCAAAGUCAUAGUAUCUACAACAGCUUCUUAUUGGCAUGAUUUUCUAGUCUCAUCACACAAACUGCAAAAUCAAACCAGAUAAUGCCUUAUAAAUGACGCGGCUCACAGAGAGCAAUGUGUCGCCACACCCAGACGAUGCCACACGGCCUCCAGUGAACGAGAUGCCACGUCUCGCUCCCAUCUUGCAGUACAGGGAUUCUUUUGCUUCCUAAUGUAAACAUAACACAAGUCAAAGGCAAGAGCGGGCUUGGCCUCUCCAAGGCCAACCACAGGGCCCCUUUUGUAUCUGAAUGAUCCUGCAAGUAGCCAAUGCUCUUACUGUUUACACGGCCCCUCGUGCCCAUGUCUGCAUGACGGUCCUCCUGUCCCUCCAAGUUCCCAGCCUCAUCCUGGCAGACAAGGUGAGGUGAGCUGUAUGAGAUUUCAGUAUUUUCCCUGCAAGUUAGAAACCUGUGUAAGUCAUCAUGAGUAAAUUCCUAAUUCUGUCUCAGAGCUCUUUUUUUUCCUCCCCUGAGUGCAGGGUUCUCGUGAAAAACAUGGCACGGAAGGUAUAGACUGAAAUGUAUUCUGAAAUAUCUGCCUCAAACAUCAGUGCCCCACGCCCACCCUUAGGGAACCUGGAGCCACCCAUCAGGCAAAUCCUAGCUGCCUUCUGAGCCCAAGAACCUAAUUGGUCUGAGAGUCCCCCAGUCCCUGUGGUGGCACCUUUCUAGGUGGGGAGAAGUGUGUGAGUUCAGCCAGCCCUGACUAUGGACCGGCUCAGGACUGGCUGUGACCUGUCCUCUCACACCCUUUUUCUGGAGCUGGCAAGGGAAUGGCAGUGUGUUUUUGCUUGCUGCAUGACCCCAUCCUUGGUGGAAAAGCUGUGACAGAGGAAGGAGAGAAAAUAGGAGGAAACAGACUGAUCCCUCGUCUGUGCUCAAAACAGCUGCAGAUUAAAGGAAAUCAGGGAGGCAGAAGUGGGAAGAGCAGUGAAAAGUAAGUUUCCUUUGAAAUAGCCCACUCGUGCACUCACACCUCAAGGAUGUAAUGCCCGGAACACGCCAUCCACGACAGGUAGCCGUUAGGAGUGUUUUGGCAAACAUGAUAGUACACCCAACCGAGCUGCUGUCUGGAGUGGAGACUAAGAUGGUGUCCUCCAUCGUUGUUAUGCUUUCUCAUUCCAGACAAAAGCCACUGAGCGAGGUCAUGUUCCCUUCCCUGGGGAAUAAAUCAUGCCAAGUUGUAACAGCUAAAUCAAUGGAAAAGAAGCUUUUGCAGGUCAUCAGCUAUGGGCAUACCUGAUUUGGUUUUUUGGUUCUGCAAGGUUUCCAGAAGGUCAGAACUUCUGUUUAUUACAGUAGCCACUCCACCUCUCUCUCAGGUGUACAGAAUAAUUACAGGGGUUUUAAUGAUCAUGAUUAAGGAGGUGCUAGACCAAGGCUGUUCCACCUUCAGAGUAGACUGCCUGCCCUGGUGAGGUGUUUACACAUUAAUGUUCUGCACCGCUGGGAUGGAAAUUCAAAAUAAAACCAUUCAACGACAGAGGGAAGGAAUGAGGAGAAACCAAAAAUUGCAAUUAGGGAGAAAUUUCAGGAACCUGGGAUCACAUCCCUCCUCCAGACCCAUCACUGAAUUCUCGCCCUUUGAACUCUCACGGUGCCGGCCUCCGGCAGGACAAAGCCUUCACCCCUAGACCACAAACUCAAACGUAGCGCCCCUCCCAUCCUCGCGUAUGCUUGCUGGCGCUGUGGUCUGUGACUCCCCCAGUGUUUCACGUGUAUUUUAUAUUUAUUGAUGUUCCCUCUGCAGAUUUACUUCUUUGUAUCCAAUAAACUUUAAUAAGUGGGAA